CGGACUGCCAUCUUGUGGCUGAACCAUGGAACUUAUUUCCUGUUUAUUUAUUAGAUCAGCUGCAUUCUAAGGCAGCUGUGUAUGUCAGUUUGAUACAGGUGGUAGUAGCGCUGCCAAGCAUUGGAAUGCCUGUCUUUUUGUUAUUGAUACUCACCUGCAACAUUCGUUCAUCAUGGCAUAUUUAGAUAUUGAGAGUGAGAAUGUAGUCGUAAUGACCAGCCAUUGUGACGCUGUCGAAGAGCGGGAAUCAUCCGAGAGCUGGAGAAAUGUCUGGAAGCCAGUGCAUCAGCACGCAAUUGAGAAGCUACUAUAUGUAAGAAGCCAAAUGAAGCUGCUUCUGAAGGUGUUGGUCCCCGCCUGUCUGGCCGUCUUUUACGCGUGCCUGCGAAACCAGAGAACCAUCGUAUCUGCAGUGCGCAAAUAUCUGGAGCCUAUCUCCCUGUCCUCAGUAUCGUCACUGUCAGGGUAUGUACUCUCACCAUCUUCGAAACUAAUUCAACGAUCAAAACAUCCACAACAGAAAACCAGAGAGAACAUAUCGGAACCCGAGAAAUGUGUCACUUGCGAUGUGCUGUACGACCCCAGCCCCGAGCCAAUCCGCGCAGACGUCAUCUUCAUCCAUGGACUUCACGGGUCUCUGGAAAAGACAUGGAAGCAGGGUAUCUGGGAUGUGACGGAUGUGAGAACAGUUCCCAUGCGGCAGAGGCACCUGCAAGCCGCUGCACCCUAUCAGGAUACCUGGAGCGGCAGCUCUGUGGAGGGAACGGAGCAAGACAUGGAUCUGGUAGGAGACGAGACGCUGUUUGAUGAGCUGAUGGAGGAUGCGAGGAUGCAGGAUAACAAUAACGAACCUGAGCCGUACUCCAAGUGCUGGCCUCGUGAUUGGCUGCCCCAGGACUGUCCUGGCGUGCGGGUCAUUGCCCUUAACUACACAACGGACCCCUAUCUGUGGAGACCGCUUUGGGUGACCAAACGCAACAGGACAUGUAUGCUGGAGCGGAGUCGUGAGAUGAUGGAUCACUUGAAGGAGCUAGGUGUGGGUAAGAACCCCAUCAUAUGGGUGGGACAUUCAAAAGGUGGCCUCUUUGUUAAGCAGAUGAUAGUUGAUGCAUAUGAGAGAGGAGAUGACAAACUUUCUGGAUUUUAUGGCAAUACACGUGGCAUCAUGUUCUACAGUGUGCCUCAUCGGGGCUCACCAUGCGCACAAAUUAAUCUUCCGCUGUUGAGACAAUCAGUAGAGCUAACAGAAGUGCAAAAAGACUGCCGUGAGGUGCUGGAACUGCAUGAAAAAUUUCUGUCACUCAUUGAGGAGCAGCAGCUAGAAGCUGAGAUUUUCAGUUUCAUUGAAACAGUUCAAACAUUCAUGACUUUCCUUUACAUUCAGAUAGUGUCCAUUGAGUCUGCAGAUCUUGGGAUUGGUGAACUGUGUGGUGCUCCAUUGGAUCAUAGAAACAUUUGCAAGCCGUCAAGCAGGCGGUGCUUCCUGUACAGAGAGCUUGCCAGUCUCAUCAACAAAAGUGUCUGAUGGAUGUUCAACAUUUAGGACAUUCCAGCUACUCAACACUCUAACCUAAAUUAUGACUUCGGUUUCUUCCGACUAUGUAUUUUUUUUACUCUUCUUCUUUCGUGUAUUUCUCAUUACUCUAUAUUUCAUAUAGAAAGUCGAUAGUUCUCCGUAAGUGCCUCAACAGGAAUAAUGACCUGGGAAUUCAGUUUUCCUUACUUUAUAGUAAUAAUAUAUUUAUUUCAAACAAUUCUUCAUAUUUUUAGUACUGUCAUGCUGACAGUUUGAUGUUUUUAACUGUGUAUUAAAUAUUAAUUAUGGAAACUUGUCAUGCAGGGCAGUAAGUUGAAAGAAAGCCACGAUUUUCUUGCACAGAGUGGCAUUUUAUGUUCAUGUCAUUGGAAAAUUAUGAUGUGAUUAAUUUUUAAAACCUUUACAAGAUUUAUAUUAGUUAAAAUUUGAAAUAUUUUGUAAUGUCUGAUACAGAUUUAGUGUAGUAACUGCAGGUUAUUGUGGUGAAAAAGAAAUACAGCCCAUUUGUUACAAAAAUAAUGACAGAAGGGUUCAGUCUUUAAGAUAUGAAAAAUGAAACUCAUUGAAGUUGUGCAGACCAUUCAUGAGAACAUGUUAAAAGAAGUUAUUCAGUUUUGUACAUUGAUUACACAGAAAAAUAUUUUCCAUUUUGAAUGUUAAAAAUAUGCAUUUUUUUUCUAAUUAAGUUACAUUUUUUAUUGGAAUCAUUGUUGAGUAUGUGAGGGGUGGGCUAUAAAAUCCGGCCAUUGCACUGCCUCCUUCAAUGAUCUAUUGUGCUUCCCCUUUGGAUUAACCCUUUAUUAAUCCUACACUUCAAAUGAAAUGUAGGACUUUAUUUAAGGGGGUGUCAUAGAAGUCAUUUGGUUCCAUGAAGAAUUGACCCAAGUGAUGAAAUUUUUAGAGUAAGCUAUGGGCUCACAGUCACAUAGGAUAUAUGUGGCUGAUUUGUCUUCUUGUAGGCACCUUUCACAGGUUGGGUCAUCUGUCAGUCUCAGUUUGAAAAGGUGUCUUUUUAGGUGGCAGUGUCUGGUAAUUAAUCCUACCACCCAGCUUAAUUGAUCUCUGUUUAAUUUCAACAGGUCCUUCAUUCUUCUGGCAGAGGGUCCUGAUAUAAAUCCCUUUUGUCUGUUUGAGUUCAAUUGUGGAUUCCCAGUGAUUUUUUGUGAUUUUUGUGAUUUUUGUUAGUCCAGUCCCUAAUCGCUUUCUUGGCAACUCCAAAUGAGAUGCCGCAAGCUGGUUCAGGUCCUGUGAACGCAUGUUCAGAUCCUGUGCUUGCCAACUGAUCUGCCGUUUCAUUAUCAACACUACCCUCAUCACCUAGCACCCAUAUCAGUUGAACUCUGUUAUGUCUGGUCAGUUGUAUGAGGGAUUGGUGUCAGUCCCAGACAAAUUUUUCAAGUGAUUUGAUGUGUACCAAGUGCUUUAAUUGCAGCUUGACUAUCUGACAGGAUACACAUGUUACAAUUUUUAUAGUUUCUAUCUAAAUUCUCAACUGCGCAUGCCUUAAUGUCAUACACUUCUGCCUGGAAUACUGUGUACUGAAUAAGUCCAAAACUAUGUUUCUGCCCUGUUCCAUCACAAUACACCCCAGCUACAAUGCCUUUAUUUGUCUUGGAACCAUCUGUAUAUCAGAUUAGUCCCUCCUUCUAUUGGGUUGAAACCCCUCCUUCCACUCACUUCUAUCAGGAAAUCUGAUCAUGAAGGGUUUAUCAUAGACAUGUUUUGGUAUCAUUUUAUCAGACCCCUAUCUGUAGGAUGGGUUCUUUUUUCAUGUCCUGAAUCAUGUAUGCAUGUAGGUCUCUAUUGAUCAUUGCAAUGUAAUCUGUAAUUUCCUAACUUUGCCUCUGCUUUCAUCUGCAGAUGCAGUGGGGGGAGUCCUAGUAAGAUUUCCAUUGCAGCUGUUGGAGCUGUUCUCAUUGUUCCCGUAAUUCCCAAGCAGGCCGUCCUUUGCAAUUUGCUUAGUUCUGCCUGACUUGUUUUGAGUUUAACUCUAGACCACCAUAUAGUGGCAGCAUAGGUAAUUAUGGGUCUCACUACCACAGUGUAUAUCCAAUAUACCACCUUUGGUUUCAGUCCCCAGGUCUUUCCAAAUGUGCCUCUCCAUGUCUAGAAGGCCUUAUAUGUCUUGUUAAUAGCCUUGUCCAGCUAUUUUUUGUCUAAUGUUAUUCCAAGGUACAUGGAAUCAUUGUUGAAUAGGAACCCAAUUUUCUUCAAUUAUGACUUGAAUCUGCCCCCCCCUCCCAUUGGUCAAUGGCAGAUUGGAUGUUAUUAUAUUGUCACAUGUAUUAGUGACUAUAGAUGGG